GACAGUGGAUGUGAUUGGGCACUGGCUACCCACGGUUUAGGGGGAGGGACAUUAAUUACCUGGUGCAAGCUGCUGUAGGUUCAGCAUAUAAAGAGUUCCCAAUAGGCUGCUUCUCUCUGUGCCAGGUUUGCUGGAGUCAGGCAAAGUAGGAUGGGGUCCAAAAGUAGCCUGGGGUUUGCUCUCCUGUGCUGGGUGCUCACUGAGGUGGCCUGUUACAACCCUUGGGACUUCUCCAGGAGUGACUCAGCGAGCCGGAGACCCUCACCCCGAGCUGAUUUCUCCUGGCGGCAGUCCAGCGUGCCUUCUCUUGCGCAGCCCUACUCCUGGGCUGGCCUGUACGAUUACCACUCCAGGGGUCUGCCCACAACACAGCCAGUGUCAGUGCAAUGUCAAGAGGCUCAGAUGGUGAUCACUGUGAACCGGGAUCUGUUUGGGACAGGGAGACUGAUCAAUGUUGCUGACCUGAGCCUGGGCCCAGUCUCCUGCAAGUACACUUCCCUAAAUCCUGUGGACAACACCGUGACCUUUGCAGCAGGGCUCCAUGAAUGUGGCAGCACUGUGCAGAUGACUCCAGACUCUCUGGUCUACCGCACAGUCAAGAGCUACAAUCCCCCCCCUGCAGCCAAUGCAGUUAUCAUACGAACCAACCCCACUACCAUUCCUAUUGAGUGCCACUACCCCAGGAAGGAAAAUGUGAGCAGCAAAGCCAUCAAGCCAACAUGGGCUCCUUUUGUCUCUACCGUGUCUGCAGAGGAGAGGCUGGCUUUCUCUUUGCGCCUCAUGAAUGAUGACUGGAGUGCUGAGAGACCCUUCACUGGAUUCCAGCUAGGGGAUGUCCUGAACAUCCAAGCUGAAGUCACUACUGGGAGCCACAUGGGUUUGAGGCUGUUUGUAGACAGCUGUGUGGCUACCCUGACCCCAGAGAGAGAAGCCUCACCCCACUAUUCCAUUAUUGACUUCAAUGGUUGCCUGGUAGAUGGAAGAUUGGAUGAUGCUAGCUCAGCCUUCAUAACCCCAAGGCCCAGACAGGACAUGCUUCGGUUCACGGUUGAUGUGUUCAGGUUUUCAGGAGAUGCCAGUAACUUGAUCUAUAUUACCUGCCAUCUGAAGGUCACCCCAGUUGAACAAGUCCCAGAUCCCUUGAACAAAGCUUGUUCCUUCAACAAAGCAGGCAACAUCUGGUCUCCAGUCGAAGGCACCAGGGACAUCUGCAGCUGCUGUGAGACUAGAAACUGUGGGCUGCUUGUUCACUCUAGAAGAAUCAAUCAUCUGGACAGAUGGGCAGGAAGGCGGUUCAGGAGAGAUGUGUCCCCUACACCUGAUCUUUCCUCAGAAAAGGAAGUGGAAGUGGAUGUUGUGGUGGGACCCCUGUUCCUAAGCAUAGACCAAGGCCCACGGGGUGUCUCAGAAGAUCAGGAGGAGACAUUGGAGGGUGCAGCAGAGAAGCCUGGCAUGAUGGUGGGGCUGGUCACUAUGGCUGCAGCUGUAGCUCUGGCUGCCAUUGCCCUAGGAGUUGUUCUCAUACACAGAAAAUGUGGCCGUUCCAGCUCCUUGGCUUAAGUCAUCCGACUUCCACAAUAAAGAAUAAAA